UGCCGGUGGAAUAGGAUCAAUAAAUAAUUCUGUCCUAGUGAGCACACAUGGCACUCACCAUUCACAUGUCGGACAAAGUACCUUCCGUCGUUACUUUCUUUCUCAAUUUUACUCUGAUCAAUUAACCGUAACUACAUUCCUCCGCCCAACACAAUCCUCAUCAAAAUCCGAUUUCUGAACCGUUUUAUUUCAAAUUUCUUCCAUUCUCAGCUCCGAUGGUGAACCCAGAAUCGGCAUCUAUCCAAUCCUCUGAAGAGGAAACCAACGUGUAUUCUGUGUGGGCUCUUCCUCCGGAAGAUGUGUCCGCCAGAAUUGAGAACCUCAUGAACAGCCUCAGAUCCGAGUUCGGCGGGCCCCAAUUCGAGCCACAUAUCACCGUUGUUGGAGCAAUCCGUCUCACCGCUGAAGAUGCCCUUAACAAAUUCCUCACGGCUUGUCAGGGGAUUAAGGCUUAUCAAGCCACCGUCGAUCAUGUAUCCACCGGAACUUUCUUCUACCAGUGUGUUUUUCUCCUUAUUCAUCCUACCACUGAGGUGGUGGAGACCAGUUCACAUUUUUGUAAACAUUUUGGUUUCAAAAACUCUACCCCUUACAUGCCGCAUAUGAGCCUACUGUAUGCCCACAUAUCAGAUGAAAAAAAGAAGCAGGCAAAGGAAAUAGCAGACAAGCUCGAUGAAGCCGUGAACGGCCUAAAAUUUCCCAUUACUCGACUUGCACUGUGGAAAACAGACACUUCGGAUGAAACUCUGAAGUCCUGGGAGAAAAUUGUAGAACACGAUCUUUCUUCAAGUUAGCUUCAGUUUUUUAUCCCCUUGAAGAUCUAAACUAUGUUAGUUUACCAUGUUUGUUUCAACAAUGUCAGAAGAUCUAGACUCUGUUCUGUUACACAGUUUACGGUAUUUUUGUUUCAACAAUGUCUGUACUCCUCUAGACUUCUUAAUUGGAAAAAAAAUAAAUAAAUGUCAGCCGAAGGCCUUGUUUGGCAGCUUA